UCGGAUAUUUUCAUGAAAUGAGCGCCGAUGCAAAAACUAACGAGUACAAAUACAAAUACGAGGACCAAAACUUGAAGACGAGUGCAUUUGAAGGGGCUAAUCCGUGCAAAAGAGUUCUUCGCUCAAUGUUCGAGUAAAUUUACGACAAAACCCUCGACUUUUUCUGUAAUUUUCGGAUUCGCCCAUAAACUUUUUUACGUCGAAUCAAAACGACGACACUUGGAAUGGUAGGUUCAGUAGUAGGAUCAUGGCAGCUUCCAUUUCUAAAACCCUAACGAGAAAUCUUCUCCGGCGAAGUACACAAGCAUUGCACCUCCGAUACUCCUCCGCCGCCACGUCAGCUCCUGCCACCUCUGUCACUGAAACUCAACCUUCAGAGAAAGGUGGACCUUCAAGAUGGUCAAAGUUAAUGCUUUUUGUACCAGGUGUUAUUACCUUUGGACUUGGUACUUGGCAAAUUUUCAGAAGACAAGAUAAGAUUGAAAUGCUUGAGUACAGACAAAAUCGAUUGCGAAUGGAUCCUUUAAACUGCAAUGAGGUUUCCCCUUCAAGUGAAAAUCUGGAUUCUUUGGAGUUCUGCAGGGUGCUCUGUAGAGGAGUGUUUGAUGAGAAAAGGUCCAUUUUUAUAGGGCCCCGCUCCAGAAGCAUUUCAGGGGUGACUGAAAAUGGUUACUAUGUUAUUACUCCUCUCAUGCCUUUGGCAACUGAUCCUAACAGUGUGCAAGCACCAAUUCUUGUCAAUAGGGGAUGGGUCCCCCGGAAUUGGAGAGACAAGUCUUUGGAAGUAGCUGCGGCUGAUGACCAACCUUCAAGUAUUUCAACCCCAUCUCAAGAGAGUGGAAAGAGCUCCUGGUGGAUGUUUGGGUCAAGAAAGAAGAAAGUAGAAGAGGAACAAGCUCCAACUGUUAAGCCGACAGAAGUAAUUGGAGUUAUUAGAGGAAGUGAGAAGCCCAGUAUAUUUGUUCCAGCAAAUGAUCCCAGUUCCUUCCAGUGGUUCUACGUUGAUGUUCCAGCCAUUGCUCGUGCUUGUGGACUCCCCGAGAACACACUCUACAUUGAAGGCAUCAAUGACAAUGUUGACCCAAGCAAUCCUUAUCCAAUUCCAAAGGAUACAAACACAUUGGUUCGGAGUUCUGUAAUGCCGCAAGAUCAUCUUAACUAUACAUUUACAUGGUAUUCCCUGUCAGCUGCUGUGACAUUUAUGGCUUUUAAGAGGCUACAGUCAAAGAAAACCCGGAGAUAGCAAACCUUUGAACUGUUUCCUUUUAUUUGGCAAUGUAAGAGCAACUAGCCGUUGAGACAAUGCUAAUAUGCACCUCAGGGCCCUUGACGAUACAACAGAAUAGCUUCCAUGACAUCGGCUUCUAUAAGGAGAGAAAAGCUGCUAUAUUUUCAACUCGUCUUAGACCUUCAAUCAUUACUUUCCUAAAUUCUACAGGCGAAUGCAACACAUUUUUUAAAUGGUACAACCCAAUAAAUGCCCAUUUUGUAGUAUUCUCGAGGUUUUGUUUGCUGACAUUGGCAUUGUCACCAAAAGUUGUUUGAUAGGUCAAAUUUUGUUUUGAUAA